AUGGAGCUCUUUUUGUGCUCCCCGAUGCCAAGGAAGCACCUGGGGGCAGUUACUGGUGGUGUUCUGCUUCUGCUCCUGCCCGCCGUUCCUUGGAUUCUGCAAAAUGCUGACUGUGGUUAUGAGGAGGAAGAAGCAGCCUGGACUUUAGCAGGGGCCUCUGGUACCCAGGAAUCUGGCAAAGUCUUGUCCAGAAGGAGGCGCUAUGCAAUCAACCCUCUAGGUUAUAAGUGGGACCACGUGAAUCUAACAUACAAGAUCGUGCAAUUCCCAAGUACUCUCAACAAGGCUGACACGGAAAGAGCCAUCGCCAAUGCCUUCCGCAUGUGGAGCGACGUUUCGCCUCUCAGCUUCCGCCGCCUGCCCCCUACACAGCAGGCAGACAUCACAAUUGGUUUCUACACCUUCAAUCAUACCGAUUGUUGGUUCUCCCCUCUGCACCCGUGCUUUGAUGGGCUGAACGGGGAACUAGCUCAUGCUUUCCUCCCUCCCCGUGGUGAGAUCCACUUCGAUAACCAUGAAUUUUGGAUUUUGGGCCGCUCACGCUUCAGUUGGAAGCAAGGUGUUUGGCUGAAUGACCUGGUGCAGGUGGCGGCUCACGAGAUUGGCCAUGCUCUGGGCCUAUGGCACUCCCGGGACGUCCGUGCCCUCAUGCACCCCAAUGCCACCUACAGUAGGACAUGGCGCAUUGGCCAGGAUGACGUCUGGGCCAUCCAGCGACUAUACGGCUGUGUGGAUGAGAAGAGACAGUGCCCAUUCUGGGCACAGCAGGGAUUCUGUACACGGCAGCGAGACUUCAUGAAACGACACUGCCCCAAGAUCUGCAACGCCUGCUUUGAGCACCCUGCUACAUCCACUUCCUCUUCCCCAUCUGCCCGUCCUUCUCUUGUUCGCUUAAGAUUCAUCUCUAAGGGCAGAGUCAUCACCUUCCGUUGUGGGUUGAAUUCCUCCGCAUCGCACUUGCAAGUCAGCUGGUAUAAAGAUGGGGAGCCCCUCUCCCACUCCCUCCCAGGCUUUGAGCUGCUUCCCAGCCAGGACCUGCGUGUUGUUGCAACAGAGUUCAGUGAAGGGCGGUACGCCUGCUUGAUCCGCCAUGGCGGCACGACUCUCCGGAUUAACUCUUGGCAGGUAAAGCUUAAAGCUAAGAGCUCUUUGCACCCCCUGCUAGGACUGCCUAAGGACACACACGGGAGCACGCUGACGGAAGCUGCACCUUAG